AUGGUCGUCUCGGGAGAGAAAACCCAGGUCCUGGUGCUCUCGCAGUGGCCGAAGGACGCAGUGGACCUGUCCAUCAGGGUGGCUGGAGCGAGAGUUGAGGCCCGCGAGACUCUCAACCUGCUCGGAGUAACGCUGGAUCGCCUCCUCCACUUCGGCCCGCACUGCAAGAGGAUGCGACAGAGAACCCGACCGAGACUGCAACACCUCAGGAGACUGACGGGCAGGGACUGGGGGCUGGAAGAGCGGCAACUCCGCAUCGUGGCCAACGGCUACGUCAGAGGCGCGCUGGAGCACGCCGCCGCUGCGUGGCUACCGGCCGCGUCCCCCUCCCACGUGGAAGUACUGGAGAGGGAGAUGAGGGAGGCCGCCCGCGUCAUAACGGGCUGCACGCGCUCAACCCCCACCGAAGCCCUGAUGGCGGAGGCAGGACUGGCUCCGGUGACGGCCCGGAAAACCACCCUGGCGGCGCGAUUUCUCGCGAAGGCAAGAGCCCUCCCAGAAGAGGACCCACUACGCCGAGUAGCGGACGCGACCGUCAACCCACGGUUGAAGGCGGUGACGGGCUGGCGCACGGUGGGUCUGGAGGCCUGGCACAUGGCAGGUGUCGUGGCCCCGAUCGAGCCGGUGCUGCCGCCCAGCGUCGCCCCGUGGGAGGAGGCCCCCCCGGUGGUCUUUGACCUGGGGAUAGGAGCCACACCCCCCUCCGGAGCGUCCGCGGAGACCCGCCGACAGGCGGCCGCCCUGCACCUGGCGUCCCUCCCCCAGUGCGCGACCUGGGCCUGGACGGACGGAUCCGCCACGGGAGGAGUGCUGGACGGUGGAGCGGGCGGCUAUAUCGAGUGGCCCGACGGGGAGAGCCACGAGCUCCGCGCACCAGCGGGCAAGCUCUGCUCGAGUUACCGAGCGGAGAUGGUGGCACUCCGCGAGACACUAAACUACAUCGGCAACCACACUGAUCAUGAGGAGGACCCCAUCAUACUGUGUACCGACUCGCAAGCAGCUCUAUCUGCCCUACGGAGUGGCCCGGCCGAGCAAAGGACGCAGCUGAACCGAGCUGUCUGGGACGCUCUGGCCCUGGUGUCCGACAAUGGAGAGCGGCAGGUGCGCCUUCAAUGGGUCCCGUCCCACUGCGGGCUGCCUGGGAAUGAGAUGGCCGACAGCCUAGCCAAGGAGGCGGCAUCUCUCCCCCAAGAGCAGGUACCGGUGGACACGCGCACAGUGCAUAGAGCAGCGGCGCGAGCGGCGGACGCUCGCACACGAGAGCAGCGACCCCCAGGCUGGUUCCGAACCCUGAUGGGGACAACGCGCCCACCCACAGUGUCUGGCCUGGACCGUCUGACGGCUAUCGACGUCCACCAGCUGAGAGCCGGACACUGGUCAGGGUCGCAACAGUACCUGCAUCGCAUCGGCAAGAGCCCCACACGGCAGUGCGACGCCUGCAAUGAACGAGCAUGCGGCGGAGCCCUCUGCCCACUCUGUAAGGAGGAAGCCGACACCCCAGAUCACAUUCUAUUGCGGUGCCCAGCGCAGAUGGGGCUUCGGUUCCGCCUGACGGGAAGCAUACACGCCCCAACCAGAGAGACUGCAAGGAGCACAAGUUACAUCGCGGCCAUGGCGGCCGCGCGCAGAGGGAUGCUAAGCCGCGAGGCUUCGCGUCGCUAG